GGCUGGAGUGGGGCUCGGUUCUUAAGCAAACAUUGGGGAACUCCUUGAUGCUCAUGACGUAUCUUAAGACGAGGAUGCGGAGGAACGAAAUGAGAGCGAGAGAGCCAGAGAACUCGCCGAAGGGAAUCUGUCGAUCUGUCUCGGCGGAAAGAGCGGGGAAAGAAAAGAGAUCACAUCUUGAACUCGUUGGCUCACACCUUGGUAAUAGUCCAAAGGGUGCUUUGAGGCAUCUUGGUGUUCCUCCACCUCUUCUUCCUUCACCUCGUCCGUCUUCUUGGCUGAGUUCAAAAGUUUGCACUUCUAUCUUGAUUAGCCUCUCAUAGUGACAGAUUGCUCCACAGGGAGCCUCAGAGCUUUAAAUCCAGCCGUCUUAGGUAGAAAAAAUAUCACUUGUUGAAAAUCAACCUGGACGAGCGUUGGGCGGAAAGUUCUGCAUAUUGGAUAGUGAGUGUGAUGUGAGGGCGGAUCGCUCAAGAUCUCUUUCAAGGGAGGGAUCGCUUUCCAAGAAUGUAGAGACCAGCUGUUGACAAGAUUGUGCUCAAGUUUUUCAAUCGAACUCGUUUAGGCCCAAAGUGAGAAAGAGGAAGAAGGUGCGAAAAAUGGCUUCCACGACUUCCAGGGGUAUGGAUAGUUCAAAUCCUGGUGCCGACCAAGGCACUCUGACCUCUUGUGCUCCAGGCCCAAGGGCUUCUCGUGUGCCCAAUUCAGAUUCGAAUAGUACCUGGUCCAUUUCGAAUCAAGUGGGAGAUUUGGAUCUCCAGGGUCCGGCCACCGCCGGGGACAAGACUGAUAUCAAUAGCCUUCAUGACGAACUCCGGGACCAGAGAGCCUGCAGCGAAUCCCCCACGUCAUCAACGCAUCAAACCUCUUGCCACGCCCACUCCGCCACGCCCAAUCAGAGCCACUUGGGGAAUGAGAACCAUUCCAGCAGCAAUCAUGCGGCAGUCAGUGACGAGAACGGAAGUUCCCCAGCCAAAUCCAAAGAAUCCACACCCAGAAAGCCGCUCCAUUCCCGAUUGAUCUCAGCUCAGGUCCAAUUGGAGAUGAAGCCUUUGUGGGACGAGUUCCAUGAGUUGGGAACGGAGAUGAUCGUCACCAAAGCUGGAAGACGGAUGUUUCCGACAUUUCAAGUCCGAUUAUUCGCUAUGGACCCCAUGGAGGAGUAUAUACUGCUCAUGGACUUUGUCCCUGUUGAUGACAAGCGAUAUCGCUACGCAUUUCAUACCUCAAAUUGGGUUGUGGCAGGCAAAGCCGACCCAAACUCGCCUCCCAGAAUACAUGUUCAUCCAGACUCUCCAGCUCCUGGUGCUCAUUGGAUGAAGCAAGUGGUGAGCUUUGAUAAACUCAAGUUGACCAAUCACCAAUUGGACGACAAUGGACACAUUAUAUUAAAUUCCAUGCACCGAUAUCAACCCCGACUCCAUGUGAUCUAUAACAAUCCGAAGGGCAAAGACGCCAGUCUGACUGAAAACUUCAAGACUUUCUCAUUUAAAGAGACACAAUUCACAGCUGUAACUGCCUAUCAAAAUCACCGAAUCACCCAAUUGAAGAUUGCGAGUAACCUAUUUGCCAAAGGAUUUCGCGAUUGUGACCCCGAGGAAUGCAUUGCAGGCAAUCCAUCAGUCACAGCGGGGUCAAAUCCUGGGCUUUCUGAAGCGAUCGCCAAGCAUCAUCAGCACCGAAAUCUCAUGGGUUCCAACGCCACGAGUACUUGCAGUCACAGCGGACCGUCCUCGCGUCCAAUCUCCUCCCCCGAUCCCACCUCAACCGGCCUGAGCCAGGGCAAACGCGGUCGGAAAUCCGAACACGAGCUUGGCGAAGAAUCCGCAGAGGAAAGCGUUCUAAUGGGAGAGAACGUCGGAAAGAGCGGCGGAGCAAUUGGAGGGGGAGGCUCAAUAGAGCAUUCAUGUGUUGGCGGUAGCAGCGACGGGAAAGGUGGUCAAAAUCUUACCACAACCUCUGGACUAUUGUCAAAUCAAGGGAUUUAUGAUAAUAGCAAUCCGCUGAAUUAUGAAAAUCCAAUUUUGUAUCAACAGAUGGGACAAAAGCCAUUUGGAAACCACUUAAAUACCUCAACUGUGGCGAUGAGCAGAGGGUUUGCAUCCCUACCCGCAAAUCAAGUGCAUCACGGCACCAUGAGUGGCUGCAGUCAGACCCACGGGUCAACAGCAUCACUGUCUCCAGGGAGUAACUUGUUACCACAUCAACUACAAGGAAUGGACUAUGGGGCAGAUUUUUCGUCCUAUGGGCCAAUGUAUCACAAUAAUUCCAGUGCAGGCCAUGGCUUCAAGUCUCGAUCUAGUCCUUAUCAACGUCCAACUGAGGGUAACAUGGUGGGCUCUCAUCAUCAAGGAUCCCAAAACCACUUUUUCAAUCCGGGAUUAAAUCAUGGUCAGGGUGGCCACAAUGCCAUAAUUGGAGCCAAUUUCUAUGGAAGACCAACUAUGUUCGACUACGCUUCAAAUAUGCAAAGAUGACGUUGGAUCAAAUAGAUAAAAUAUUUCUACGCUAAA